GGGGACUAGGAUCCUGUUGCUCACUCAGUCUUCCUUAGUAUAGUGCUGAAUAUUUCCCCCACAAGGCGGUGGCAUAUUUCCCUCCGCCACAUACUGGCGUCACGAACAGGAUAAACUAGCGAGUAUUCUAAUUAAGUAUAAGUUUCUGGUCUUUGAGUCAACACUAUGGCUGAACUGGAAGAAUUAAAAAGACAGUUUGAUGAGAUGGAAAGGAGGUUCGGUGAACAGGCGGAUAUGUUGGUACAGGCCAGAGCCGAACAGAGAGAAGCGCUGUCACUGGCUAAAGCUGUUAUCGAUCAACAGGCAGUGGCUCAGAGAGUGCCAUCUACUGUUUACAUUCCAAGAGACCGUAAACUUCCAGAGUUCAGCGGAUGGCGUUCCAAGCCUGGUGAGUCGAGUAUAGAGGAUUGGAUAAACUCAAUGAAGUCUGCCUUUAAAGUAAUGAAAAUUCCUGAAGAAGACAAAAUUGAGUUUGUUAAGCAGUACCUCAAAGACGAAGCUAAAAUGACAGUUAAGUUUAUGCUUAAUGGAAAAGAGAAGUCAGUUGAUGAGAUUUUUGAUGCUUUGGAUCAGACUUAUGGGGACAAACUUCCCAUUGGCAGCAGACUGAAAGAGUUUUAUGACCGCAAACAAAUGCCUGGAGAAACCAUCCGUUCUUACGCUUAUGACUUGCAGGAGAAGCUGAGUAUCAUCCAGACCAGGGAGCCAUCUAGAGUUCCUGAUGCUGACGGUGUACUGAAAGAACAGCUGGUGUUAGGUCUCAAGGAUGACUCGCUACGACGUGAAAUGAAGAGGAGAGUCAAAGCUGAGAAGGACCUGACAUUUAUUCAGCUUAUGCAGGAAGCGAUUACUUGGUCGGAAGAAGAGGAGGUGCAAGUUCCAUGCAAUUUGAGAAGCAGUACUCGUUCACGCGGUGUCGUCCAGGCUACCACUGCGACAGAUAGCUCCUCAGCUCCUCUCACUCUGGAGAAUCUUCAUGAAGCUAUUCAACGGAUAGCUGCCAGACAAGAAGAGCUCUUUCAGAUGGUGAAUAACAAAGAGAAAGUGAAACCUGUAGAAAAAGAGGGCAAAACUAAAAGUGAACCUUUAAAAGACAGUGAAGGAAGAUACAUCUGCUAUAUGUGUGGUAAGCCAGGGCACACUAGCCGACGCUGUACUCAGAGCAGAGAGAACUCAAGUGGAGUGCAACCUCUGAAACACAAAGUAGAAAUGAUAAAUGCAGCUGAUCAAGUUACCUCGGUGUUAGAGAGUGUAGGUCCAUCCGUUAUCAGGAGUCACACUGCAGACUGUGAUGCAGAGAAUGUUUCCAAGGCCCUCUGUGAAAGUGCUUUCGGUGACUGUCUUACCAUUGACUUGAGAAUUACUGGUGUUAGAACUGUUUGCCUCUUGGACACCGGGUCAGAGGUGACUACUAUCACGGAGUCUCAUUUUAAAGCUCACUUUGGAGAGGUUGUGCUGUCAUCUGCCAAUUGGGUCCGACUCACAGUGGCAAAUGGACUAGACAUUCCCAUUAUAGGAUGUCUGGAAGCAGACAUUGAGUGUAUGGGUAAGACGUUGCAUGGAAAGUGUGUAUUUGUGAUCAGAGAGAACAAUCCCAAUGGAACAGAGUGGAAAGGAUUACCUGGCAUUGUUGGGAUGAAUGUGUUGAGUGACCUCAAAGAUCUAUUCAUGGCCACUGGAGGUAUGAAGAAGAUGGACCGGCAUAGCCAUGGUGUCAGGGAGGCAAAAGUUCAGCGGGUGUUAGCUAACAUUCAGAUGCAGACUGAGGGUUUGAGCUGUGGAGACCAGAUUGGUUUUGUGAAAGUUGCUGGGAAGCAAGCAAUCACUAUUCCUCCAUUCAGUAAGCGUGUGUUGGAAGGUCGCUGUAGAAUACCGCCGAAGGUAAACUGCGAAGUGUUGGUUGAGGCUUCAUUAGAAGUUAGUCUACCAAAGAGUGUGUUGAUUGCUAAUGUGCUCGCCAAGACCGCUGAUGGUAAAGUUCCAGUCAGAGUCUUGAAUUCUAGUGAGAAAGCUGUAAAACUCAUGCCGCGAUGUAGGAUAGCAGCACUGUGUAAGCCACAGGAGGUCAUCCCAAAAGUGCUUGUCGAGUUUGAGGAGAAAGAGGGUGCUCUGCAUGUUAAGGCUGUGCAGCAACAUCAGGUAAAAGUGGAGGAAAGCACCACAGAGCUGUUGCCUGUUGCAGUUCAAACUAAUCUUGAAGGCCUCACAGAAACUCAGCGUGAAAAACUCAGAGACCUACUGGCAAAGCACAGUGACGUGUUUUCUAAGAACGAAUGUGACUUUGGUCAUACGACAGCUGUCACACACAACAUCCCUACAGGAGAUGCUCCUCCCAUUAAGCAAAGACAUCGCAGAAUUCCACCCCAGUUAUUUCAGGAAGUGAAAAAACAUGUUCGAGAUUUGGUAUCUCAAGGUAUACUCUGAGAAAGCUGCAGUCCAUGGGCUUCUCCAGCUGUAAUUGUGAUCAAGAAGGAUGGCAGCGUGAGGUUUUGCUGUGAUUACAGGAGGCUGAAUAAAGUGACAUGCAAGGACGCUUAUCCCCUUCCACGUGUCGAGGAGUCUCUUGAUGCCUUGGGAAAUGCGCAACUAUUCUCCACACUUGAUUUAACUUCAGGCUAUUUUCAGGUGGCCAUGAGUAAGGAGGACCGAGAUAAGACCGCUGUCACCACUCCUUUUGGUCUAUUUGAAUGGACCAGGAUGCCAUUCGGACUUUGCAACCCUCCUGCAACCUUUCAACGUCUGAUGGGAGUGGUGCUUGGUGAUCUGACGUUUGACAUAUUACUCAUCUAUCUUGAUGACAUUAUUGUCUUUUCAAAGGACUUUGAUAGUCACUGUCAAAGACUGGAAAUCGUGUUCAACCGAUUGAGACAACAUGGAUUGAAGCUAAAACCCAGCAAGUGCUUCCUGUUGAAACCUGAAGUGAAAUUCCUGGGUCACUUAAUUUCCUCCAAGGGAAUACAGGUGGACGGAGAGAAGACUUGGGCAUUGGAAACAUGGCCUGUACCCAAGAAUGUCAGGGAGUUGAGACAAGUCCUGGGAUUCAUGAGUUAUUACAGGAGGUUUGUGCCUGGUUUUGCUCAGUUGGCCCGGCCACUUCAUGCUCUGGUUGGUAAGGGAGUAAAAGGGAAAAUGAUGGAACCUUUUAACUGGACACCUGAGUGCCAGACUGCACUUGACAAACUCAAGCAAUGCUUUAUGUGUUCACCAGUUCUCGCAUACCCAGAUUUCAGCAAGCCUUUCGUAGUCACAACUGACGGGAGCCUGCAUGGUCUUGGGGCUGUAUUGAGUCAACGACAAGGAGAAGUUGAGCGUGUGAUCGCGUAUGCGAGUCGGGGCCUUCGUGGAUCAGAAAAGAACAAUCAGAAUUACAGUGCUUUCAAGCUUGAGAUGCUUGCCCUAAAAUGGGCGGUGACUGAAAAGUUUAAAGAAUAUUUGAUCUACUCAAAGUUCUCUGUGGUCACUGAUCAUAACCCGUUGCGUUACCUGGAGACGGCAAAUUUAGGCGCUGUUGAACAACGGUGGAUGGCUCAGUUAGCAGAGUUUAAUUUUGAAGUCUACUACAAGCCAGGACGACAAAACACAAACGCUGAUGCGUUGUCAAGAAUCCCAUCAGUUGAGGAGCCAGAACAGGAGGACUCUGCUAAAGACUUCAUUAAGAUGAACUCAGAGGAAGUACGCACAUGCUUAUGACCAGUCUCUAAAAACCAGCAGAAAGUACAAGCAUCAGUACAGGUGUCAGUGACAAGGAAAGUUCCUGGACAUAGCUGGAGUGAGAUAGAAGAGCAACAAAAGGUUGACCUUAAUAUAGCACCUAUCUACCGCGCUGAACUUACCAACAAGAAUCUGAGUCCGGUCGAGCAGCGAGACAUGAAUGUGGAAUCAAAAAAAACUUGCUAGACAGUUCAUACGACUCAAGCUUAAGAAAGGAUUGCUGUUCCGAACCAUCCAUGAUCCACGAGACGGAGAAGAAAUUUGUCAGCUGGUGGUUCCUGAAUCUCUACGUUUCAAAGUGUAUAAAAGAAAGCAUGAUCAUUGUGGUCAUUUUGGAGAAACAAGCACACUAGAGCGCAUGAGGAAAAGUUAUUACUGGCCAACAAUGACUAAGGAUGUUCAAAGUUGGAUUCAUGAGUGUAAGAGAUGUACUCUAGCAAAGGAUGUGUUCCCUAAAAUUCGAGCCCCAAUGACAUGCACUAACGUUUCUGCCCCUCUGGAAGUCCUUGCAAUGGAUUAUUCUCUCUUGGAGGAAUCUGUGCGAG